AUGUUGUCCUCCCUGAAGACCCUGCUGCUGCUCUCGGUCCUGUGCACACCGACCUCCAGCCUGUGCCUCCGCCUCUACCACUCCCGCUCCAAUCUCCUGUGCGACGACCAGGUGGCAGUCGGGGUCCGGAGCGACGAUGAGGAGCCGGGUUACUCUCCCGUGGACGACUGGGGGUCCCUCCUGCAGUCCGCGGAGUAUCUCACCUCCUCCUCUUCCUCCUCAUCCUCUUCUGCCGAGUCCAGCCGGGAAAAAAGGACUUCAAGUCCCGCAAACUACCGCUUCAUGAGCCGGACCAAGCUCAGAGGGCAAAUGCUCCGCAACAGCAGCAAAGGGGACCGGAGAAGCAGACUGACCCUGUCCCUGGACGUCCCGACCAACAUCAUGAACGUCCUCUUUGAUGUGGCCAAGGCCAAAAACCUGCGCGCCAAGGCGGCCGAGAACGCGCGCCUGCUGGCUCAGAUUGGACGGAGAAAGUGAACAUGUCGGACAACUUAGAUUUAAUAGACAGCCAUGACCAGUGUUGGCCUCCUCGUUACUCAAAUGUAAUGAAUUACUAAUUAUUCACUUUUAAAGUAAUGGUGUUGAUUUGUUUCUCCAGGGGAAGGGUAUUUUCUUCCCACUCACAUUACAGAUAAAAGAUUUCUAAUAGAAUUUGGUGGCUCUCAUGUGAAUGGUCCUUGGAGUCAAAGUCUCUAAUCAUAUUACAAUAUAUAUUAUAUAAUACUAUAAUUGAAAGGUUGGAUGAUUGGAUGAGUUUGAGUUAUAACCUUUGUGGUGAGAAUAACCCAUGUGGUUAUGCACAACCGUGACACUUAAAUUCAAACAGAAUAAAGUCAAAAGCAAUAAGUUAUUGUACUUGUAUCAAGAUGAUUGGUCGGUUCAGGCAAGAAAACAUGAGACAUGUUUUGCAUUGGAAACAGUUGAACUUGUCUCACCCUUUGACUUUCAGAUCUGAAAAGACUUGUGGAUUUCUUUUAAUUUACUUUUAACAUGUUGAAAGUAAAGCAGGAUUGCUCUCAGUUAAGACAACCCCCUUAGAUUUUCCUUAACAGUAAAAUGAAUGUUGUAUGUGGUUUGUUUGCCCCGGAGUCAUGAAAUUUUAAAUAUUGGGCUAAAGAAGAAGAACAAAGCAGCUGUGAUCAUUAAUUCUUACAUCCUCAGCAAAAGACCAGUGAAAUGUUGCAUAAUCAUAACAUCAGAUUUGAUAUUAUGAUGUUAUCUCCCUUCCCCUCUUUGCUGCUUCAUUUAUUCAUCUUUUACGAGGUUUGCUGUUAAGGAGUUCCCAUGGGAGCCAGUAAUGAUUCCAGAUGUGAUAAUGUGAAACAUCAACACACUACUGACACUGAAAAUACUGUACAAACCAACAGCAAGAUCAUGAAAUACAGUAAAAUGCAAAUGCAUGGGAAUGUAUGUGUUCAUCAGAUGUCUGUUAUUUUUAUACUCAAAA